AUGAAGCUGCAAGGACAAAGGAGAAGAACCGAUAACACAAACAGAUGCUGUCCGUUGAUCAGCAGAUGCGAGAGGAUUCUUCUCCCAGCUAUUGCAGCUCCUGCGACGAGCAGGUGGCUCCUCAGAGGGCAGCUGCCGCUCCUGCUGCUACUCUGUGGCCUGCAGAGACCUGCGGGGAGUUCUGAGGUUGCAAAUAAAAUUGACUUUGACUUGGCACCAGGUUCCUUUGACGAUCAGUACCAAGGCUGUAGCAAACAGGUCAUGGAAGAGCUAAAUCAAGGGGAUUAUUUUCCAAAAGAAAUCCAUCAUAAUUACUCCAGGGUGUGGCAGAAAGCCCACUUAACCUGGCUGAACCAAGCGAAAGCUCUCCCCGAGGACAUGACGACGACCCACGCUGUGGCUGUCUUGGUGUACACAUCGAACCACAACGUUCGCUCGGACUUGGCUAGCGCCAUGGCCAGCACUGCCGGGUCUCCACAGCGAUAUAAACAUUCAUUCCAUUUCAAAUAUCUGCAUUACUACCUGACCUCAGCGAUCCAGAUGCUAAGGAAAGAGAGUGCCACGAAAAACAACAUUCUGUGUUAUGAGGUGCACUAUGGCAUGAAGGAUGUCCACCUGCAGGCCUCCCCAGGAGCCACCAUUCGGUUUGGCCAAUUCCUCUCCACCUCCCUCCUAAGAGAAGAGGCACAGAAAUUUGCGAACCAAGCACUAUUUACCAUAUUUACCUGCCUGGGUGCACCUGUUCAAGACUUCUCCCUCAAGGAGGAAAUCCUGAUCCCUCCCUAUGAGUUGUUUGAAGUGGUAAAUAUGAGCUACCACCCAAGAGGAAAUUGGCUACAGUUGCAGUCAGCCGGGAACCUGAGCACAUACAACUGCCAGCUGCUAAAAGAUUCCAGUGACAAGUGCAUCCCUGCUCCUGUAGUUAUUGCUUCUCUCUCCUUUUUGACCAGUGUCGUCAUCUCUUCCAAAAAUGGAGUAUAA